AGAGACUUUGUUGUCAUGGCGCGUAGAGGCGCAAUGAAAAGGUACCUUGUUGUUCUUUUCUCAGCUUGUUUGAGUGAAUGUUUCAGUUAAAAUGCACUUAAAGUACCCAAGAAAGAGGGAUUUUUACACUUGGGAGGAAUUACGGUAGGUUUUAUUGCGGCAAUUUUAUUCUUUCCUUGAAAUUUCUCCGACAAUGCAAUCCGAAACUCUACUUCGAACGAGCGCGUUCCUUGUGCACUCGUUCUGUGUUCUAAUGACCAUGCCGUUAGUGUUAAUAAUUGUUCGAAAUGUCAGUCUUACUCUGUGCUUUUGUUUUUUUUCGCUUGCUUUCGUAUAGGUGUCUUGCAAAAGCUCUAGGGGUAAGUGUUGUUAACGUUCUAAAGCAUUCUGAUUCAUACAUUGUUGUGAAAUGCUGCGCUGUGCUUGUAACAGAUUCCCUAUCCCUAAACUAUACUUUAUUAAAGUUUAGGGAUAGGGAAUCUGUUAAAGCAUUUUACAACAAUUUUUACCUCGUUUAAUUUAGCUGCCAGUCUGCAAGUCUGUCUAGCUGUCGUACACGUUUGUGAGGAAAGAGGUAUUUGGAACUACCGGUACUUGCAAAGAUAUGACUCAGUGGGGGUUUAUUAAUUAAAGCUGUACCAUUCUUCUGGAAACAUUCGCUUGUUUCUAGCUCACAUUUGCACUGGGAUAUUUGUCUCAUCCAUUUUCCAAUUCCACAAAACUAACUAGUUUUUCCCUGCACAUUAUUAAAAGACCUCCAUAUGCCCCAGUCCAUAUUAAACCCUAGGGUAGGGGGGCCGAAUGUCCCUGGGGCAUUUGACUAUAUUUCCUUUCCCAUGGGUAGUGGAUAAUUACAGAUUUGACAUAAUGCAAGAUCUCGAGGGUGUUUGACAAGAUCUUGCAACUGCCUGGAGGUGAGGUAUUGAAUACCGUGCAAUGGCAAUAUAAUACAAAGCAUGCGUUAGUUUUCCAUUAACUGUGCCCCUGAUCAUGUGCACUAGUUUCGUUAUCUGCUACAUCACUGUUAGUUUGCCUUUGACCUGAGAACUCACCUUUGUUUUUACCCACCCUUUCCCCCAUGUGGGCCGCAUCAAGGGGGAAUGGUCUCAGUCUUGCCUCCCCCUUGGUGCGGCUUUGCUUGUUUCGGCAAACAAUAAAGAUGAUUUUGUCAUAUAAUUCUAGGGGAAAUGCCUCUACUCAAAGCGUGCGACAUGACUAGACAAAACAAAAUUUACCCCCGAGGAAGAGGUAUUUGACAUCAGUGUUUCCACCCUAAUGUAAAAAAUUAAAUUUGAUAUGAAAAUAGGCGGAAAUGUCAACCUGUCCUGGGUACGUCUGAUCCCCCUACCCUGAGGCUUAACAGUGACUGGUGCAUAUACUCAGUGGCCAAAUUUAGCAAGAACAGCUAUGAAAGUAAUCAUAAUAAAGACCUCCCCACAGGUUAAAUGGGAUGCGGGCCCAGAAGGUUUUCUCCCUCUCACAGCAGUCUGACUUGUGUCAGGUUCUUGAAGGGUAGCCUUGGAAUCUGAGAUUUGACCGAAGUAAAGAGCAGAUUUGGGGAAACGCAAAAUGUCUUGACAUGACGUGGGAUUUCACUGGUCCUGGGGAAGCAGGAUUCGCCAAAAUCUUGACAUGGGAUGUGGUAUUGGGAAAAAUAUGAUUUUCAAGAUAGAGCUGACAGAAGUUUGGGAUGCGAGAUUGUUGUGAAAAAGGAACUGGAAUGCAGGAUCAGAACCUUCCUUUCAGAUUGAUUACAGUUCUUGUUAUUCAAAUUUCUAAAAAAAUAUCACUUGCCCAUCGGGCAAGUUAAAAACAGAAUUCACUAGCCCGAUAGCAAAAUCCACUAGCCCCGGGCUAUCGGACGCCACUUUCUUUGCACGCUGCUGCUUCAUACCAGACUAACCAGUCAGAGAUGCAGUGAGUGUACCUAUAGGGUAAAUGGAAUUACAUGUGCAAUCAAAGAAAUUUUCAAUGAGACCAAAGCAUUUCAGUUGUGUUUUGAACAGUAGUAUGGUUACAAGUAUGGAAACAAGAAUUUUGGCAAAUGGAACCGUGAGAAAGUUUCAGGUAGAUACAUGGACACACGGACUGAACAGUACUAUAUUUUCCAUUUUUAAAAAACUGUCCAGGACUUAUCCCAGAUCUCAAGAAGAUAGGUUGUACAUGCCCUUGGUGUUCAUGUUUACUGAUGAUAUUAAUAUUCUGAGUAGCAGAAGAGUUUAACUACUGCAAAGUUUGUAAGAGUUCUCUUAUCUUCUCUUAUGUUUUUGCUUUGCAGUUUCGUAAAGAUCUUUUUAUCAAGAAUGUUCUCCCAGAGUUUCAGAAGGAAAAGUCAAAUGGGCUUAGUGUUAAGGUAUGUAAAAUGCACUGUGAGUGAGAUGUUUGUGUUUCAGAUUCAUCCAUCCAGUGUCAGGACCACUCAACAACUCAUUGCUAUGGUAAAGAUGAAGGUAAUAUUCCAUGGGGCUGUCAGUUGCCUGAUUGACUAUAAUUAUGAACCUGAAUUCUGUCAAUACACGUGAAAUUCCAUACUAGAUUUUUCUUUUAAAAGUUAUUUUGGAAGUUCACAUUAGUGUUGCAGUUGAGAGGCUCUAAAUAACCCUUGGGACUCUACCUAGACCUGUAGAAUAGUUAAAUAGUUUGCCUCCUAUUUACUAGUCAUCAGAUGUGUUAAACUUGAAUGUUGGUCUUGAGUGAUAACAAAAAUGGGUGGAUUUUGUUUUGCAGAUCCUUUCCAACAUGUUGGAUAUCAAAUGUUUACAUGGUGAUAUUCAUCGUACAUACAACAUACAUGAUGCUCUGUACAACUCUAGGGUCAUAGAGAAAGCACUAGACAUGCUGUCCAACAGAUACUUAAGGUAAAGGCCAAUUUUCUCAGAUGUGUGUAGGUUAUAAUCUGCAAAAUUGUACAUGAGGAAAUAGAAACUCUCAACAGUGUAGCAGUUCAUGCAGUCCCAAGUUGGACAUGCAUAUAAAUCAUCAGAAAAUUUUCUUAAGAGGUUUUCUGCUUUUCUGUUUACUGGUAGGUUUGUUUAUGGUGAUUUCUAAGGCUUUGUUUUCUAUUGUUUCUUUAAACAGCUUUAAGCAACUUUUUUCAGACCUCGCAUACUUCUGUCAUUUUCAGUUUUCAGGAAUUGAGAGAAGUCCGUGUCGCUUUCCAGUUGUAUGAGCAUGAGGAUAUGCUAGGCUUAGUUAUUGAUGAACAUGUUUUGCUAAGAACGUUAAAGGUAAGCUACAUUUACAUUUAAACUCUCAUAGAAAACAUAACAUAUGUUGUUAUUGAUGGUACAUUAGCCUAAAAAUGCAGACAUACUCUAGCCUGUCUAACAAGUAACAGAAGUGAAAACAGGACAUAGAUGUACAGCUGUACAAAUAUGUAUAUUUGUGUUUCCAAGCUAAUGAAGUUAUAUUCACUCGUUACAGAUCUGUGGGAGGGCUGUUUCUCCAGUCAAGCUUAAGCAACAUGUAAGUGGUUUAGAAUCCACAAAAUGGAUGCUUUUAUACGCUAAAAUACUGCCAUCCCAGUUUUUUUAAAGCUCUACAAGAAUUCAGUGGAAAGUUGUGGAGUAAAAUCUGUACAUUCUCACUCUCUGAUUUGACGCAUUCUAUUCCUUGAGUACUGCUUCUUAAGAGAUACAAAUUAGCUUUGUUCAUAGAAGGGCUAAAUGAAUAACAGUGUGGUAACAAUUGGCAGUGUGUAUACGAUAAGGAACAAGAGGUCUCACUCAGUUAUAAACUUGUCUUUCUAUUCUUGUCAUUUUUUUAUUCUAAAAUUUUAUUAAACUUCAGACAAUACCAGACAGUUUAACCCUUUAUGUCCCAAGAGUGACUGACCAACAUCAAUUUUCUCCUUACAACAUCAAUACAUUAUCAAGAGAAAAAGGUCAGAGAAGUAAUAAAAUGAUCACCGAGAAAAAUGAUUUGAUCUUUUAUCAAAUUUUCUCUACAAAUUCUUUAAGGAAAUGUACGGAGAUCAGUCUGGAGAAUUUGUAUGUUGAUAUUGAGGUUUAAAGGGUUAAGUAGGAGUGAAAAAAACUGAAUUCUAGCUUGCCCUUUCGGGCAAGCAACUCUCAAAUUUUGCUUUCCUAGGGCCACUGUGUGCUCAUUUUAGUUAAUGAUUAAAUUGGUAGAGGACGACUUUCCUGGAAACUUUCCCACUGGGCAAUUCGAAUCAUUAUACAUUUCUGGGAAACUGCCCAUCUACCCCUCCCCUAAGCCAACAUUAAUUUGCUUCUAAUAAGAAGUAAGUGUUAACGUUGGCUUAGGGGAGGGGGUAGGUGGGCAGUUUCCCAGAAACGUAUAAAGAUCCCUUUUUUCCACCCUGUUAAGUGUAAGGUGUCUACAUGUAACAACUUCAUCUUGUCUUAGUGCAAUAAUUCCUUUUUUCGUUAAUAGAUCAAGCACAUGACAAGACAAGUACCCGAUCGCCUCAUGCUCUAUGAAUUCUUAGAUCUGUUGCUUUUGUAAGUAGAACAGUUAUUUGUUAUUUUCAACAACUCAGAAAGUCUUUUGCUUCUUUACAAAACAGCUCCUAAUAUCAACACGUUCUGAGAAAACUGAAAUAUGACUUUCUAGCUGUUCUCUAUCAAUUUGUAAAUUUUUUUUGUAAAGGGUUUAACAGCAUUUACAACAAUUUUUCAUUUUGAGGUAGCUUAACCGAGUAUCAGCAAACUGGACUUAUGAUCUUGAGGCCCUCUUUGACUGCUAGCCAGAUAUUUUCUCUUGGUUAAAUCCGGCCUUCUGAGUUAAGGACCUUGAUCAUGUCUGUGUCGAAUCAGUUGCUUGUCAUUUACUACAGUUUAUUUAAGGUUUUGAAUUAUGUUAUGUUCAGUUUGGACAACCCUUCAAGUUUCGACCAUUUUAGUUGCCAUGGCACCUAAAAUUUUGAAGCUGGUGACUUGAUUUGUAAAAAAGUCUCCCUAAACCAAAAGAAUUGGUCGCCAAAUGGCGACCAAGCAAAAACCUCAACUUCGAGGGUUGUUGGAUCGGUGCAGUUACAGUUGCAAUUAAAUGGAGUUAGCUAGGUUUUAGUUUUUUUUUCACUUUGCAUGUUAUUGAAAGGUGCAGUAGAGUGUAAACAUAUUAACGCAGGGCUUGCUGAUAAAUUAUUUGUUUUGAUAAUUAUUUUAUUACAAUGUAGGUGUGAACGCGAUGCUGAAGUUCAACUGCAGCCUCUUCAGCAAGUCAAUGGAGUUGAUAAAAACAAUCUUUUCAAGGUAAGUUUGCCAUGCAUUUACAUGUGUUGUAGUUAAUUUUUUAUCUCAGGUUAUAUUGUUUUUGGGUAUGGUAGAGGGAUACUGAUGAAGUUGAAACAAAGGAAAAAUAAUAAUUACCUGAGAUAAAAAACAAGACCCCCAUAAUGGGGGUACAUUGGUCUGCCAGCUUGCCUGUGCCAAAAUAAUUGUCCCCCAUUUACAAAUUCUAGUCACACUUUCACAGUCUGUUUGAAUAUUGCCGCCCCUACAGCUAGUGAAAGCGUAACCACAGCCUCUGAACAUUAUUGUGACAAUUGCAUGGGGUUUUCUUGUAUCUAGCGAUUGAGUAGUGACAAUAAAGACUUGACCAGAACUGGAAAGCAUGCAUGAAAAUUCUCUGGUACUAGUACUUAGGGUAGGGGGAUGGGCAAGAAUGCAGCAAUAAUCAAAUGGUUCCUAAAAUUGCUCACGAAGAGAUUUGCCACAAAUAUAUGCACAUUCUUCCAAAAAUAGCCUUUAGUUAUAUUAGGUUUCAGCCAGACCUUCACGUGCUUCUGUGACAUGACAUUUUUUAAGAUACAUAAUUUUUUAAAAUAAAAACAUAAUAAUAGGUCCAGAUUGAGAUGUUUUCGUUCCAAGUCUAUAAUUUUUUUGUAAUGCGGUAAAUGACCCAUCCCCUCCUGUCAAAAGUAAAACAAGUGUACUCAGUGAACUGGCAACAAGUUGAUACUUUCCCUGUGGACCCGUGGGAGCGCAUUGUCUUGCAGCUCCCAUGCAGGCUAACUGCAUCAUCGAAUACUGUAUUUAAAUAAUCAUUUGGUGUAGAUAUAGGGCCCAUAACUCCAUGCAACAAUUUUGUGUUCGUUCCAAAUCAACUUCCAAAUCCGUCCGCCAGAAGACCUGAAAUGACCCAUCCCCUCCCCACAAAAAUCAGCCCCAUUCAAGCUGGGAUGGUAUUUGUAAAGCCUUCUGGGAGCACCGUCCACCAUUUUGUCUUUUUUUGGCAUAGAUAAGACUCACUUUUUGAUUGGGUGUUGCCCCCUAGGUAAUUUUAAAGAAAAGGAGCAAAAUAAGGCAUAGGGAAAUAAAGACAUGUCUCUUUAUUUGGAAGCAGUCCAGUGUGGGUCUUGACAAACUAUGAGCCAGUGAGCCAUGCAAGUCAUGCGAGCCAUCGGUAAAAAUAAAGUAAAAAUGAGUAUAAAAUGCAAAUUUACAGAUUAGGAGUUGAGCACUCAUUGUACUGAUUAGGGUUUAUAGUCUUUCAUUUCAUGAAUUGGGGUUAAGUACUCACUUAAGGGCUAGGGUUAAGUGCUGUUUAGGGUUAAACACUUAUUUACAAUGGUUCUCGGCCAUAGCUUGCAUGGCUUGCUGGCUUGCAUUCUGUACACACUCUACAGUGUUGCAGCAUGGAGUAAAAGUAAUUAGUCAUCUAACCUGAAAGUUUGAUUUAUUUUUCCUUGUUCUACAUAAUAGCUUUGUGAUUUCCAAGCAAUUCUUUCUACGGAGGAUCAAAAGAAGAUUCGUCAUUUAGAUCACUUGUAUGAGGUGUGAAGUUGUUAAGUGCGACUCUUUUCUCUUCCUUGAUUUCUUAUUUUCUUUUUUAAAAAUUUGAUUGCAAUCGCAAGUGCAAUUACUUUCAAUAAUUUUUGUUGAAUUCAUGUUUUUAGCAAGGGUAUACGAGAGCAGGUUCUGGUCAUCAUCAAGAAUUACCCUCUUGGCGACUUCUGCAUCAGGAUUAUUAUGUGGAUAGCAAUCCAAGAGUAGAAUUAGUAGGUGUCUCAUGUUUGUCAAAUGUUUACUACAGAAAUACUACAAAAUGCAGAUUGUCUGUCUCAGAUGUGAUGUCCACUGGAUGUGAUAUCCGUUGGAUAAUUUGUAUCAAAUGGAUAAUCUGUCUUCAUCUGAGAAUGGAACGGUUUUAACUUUGGGCAAAUAAUCCGUCUGACUUUACCUGUCUUUUCCCCCUCAAUUUUGGCUGAUUUGUAAUAUUGGUUAUCUGUCUCAGACGGAUAAUCCAUCUCUAGUGUGAAAACGACCAUUUUCACUGGAAAGACGGACAUAUAAUAAGGGAUGGGAUGCUUAAGAGAAAACAUUUAAUUAAAGGGAGUCAGAGCAAUAAUUGACCACGACUCAGGCUUCUUUUGAAUCCUAGAUAGAGAAAAGCAGACAACUAAAUACAUGCAAGAGCAAAGAUGGUUUUCAUAAUGCACUGAAGAUGUUUGACAUUGCAAAUACUGUCUUCAACACAGUUAGGGUUGUUUGUUUUUUUUUGUAUAAUUAGAUAAUGUUUCCUCAUGCACAACAACAAGUGAUACAUGUACAUUGUACCUGCACCUGUGUGCCUGGGUCUUAGGCUAACCAACAAAAAUCUGUCCUCAGGUCAGUAGACAACAACAGAGAUCCCUGGAACUUUGUGACCAUCUGGAUCAUUCAAAUAAAAAGGUAAAACUGAUACAUAAUUUUUCUUGCAUUAUUUGGGGAUCAGGGAUCAUGCAUGGUUAGUUGUUGUUAUGGCCAGUUUUUUGACACUCACUUCCUAGCCCUGUGAUGAAGGUGUGAAUGUUGUAUUCAUAAGGGAUUCUAAAAUAUGUUUAUCAUUGGCUCUAUCUCUGCUACAUCUUGUACAUAGUCUUGUGUUUUCUCCAUUUCUGCUCUGUUCAGAAACACCUGUAAUAGAUUUCUUCUUGAUAAGCGAUUCAAGGGGCACCAUGACAUUAUAGUAAUCAAAUAACUAAACACUCAUGUCUGUUAUUUCAGGCUAUGUAAAAUGUUAUUAUCUAUUGUAUACAGGUCAUGCACGCCAGAUGUGGUUAUGUGGGGGCUUCAAAUCACAGAACAGUUUUUAUAGAUCUUAAUGAUGUCAACAGAAAAUUAAAACCACUCUCGCGGAAUCCUGUACAGUUUGUAAGUAAAAAGGGAGGAAGGAAAGUAUCUUGUGUCAUCAUUUAACUUUUAAUGGCCAGAGAAAGAUAUUUCAUGCACUAACAGCUACUGAUGUAGAACCACCGAGUCUGUCACUUCCUGUCACUACGAUUUCAAGUCGCUGGGUAAUUAUGCAAUUGGCAGGUGGGAAUGGAACGAAGGUGGGGUGGGGGGUAGUAUUUGGGUUAAUUUUUUCUGGGUAUGUGCCGUUGGCCUGUCAGAGCCCCUACCCCGUUAUAGUCUAUUCUGUGGCCAAUUGUAGACCCCAUCUUUAUCACUUUUAGAGAAAUAUGUAAUUUUCGCGAUCCCAAAGUCAGUUUCUAUUUAUGUAUCUACCUCAUAAAUCCUCUAAAUAUGUCAUCCUAAAAUGAAUUGACUCAUUUUUUACAUUGAAUGAAGGACACUUUACUUUUCACCUACCGUACAAACAUUCUGGUAUGUUUGCUAACCGUAAAUAUGAAGAAUUUUCUUACCCCCAAAAAUCGAAAAUGUGCAACCCCAUUCUAGUAGCUCUAUUGAAAGUAUGGCCCCAUUAUAGUCAAUCCAGUCGUGAAAAUUCCAGCGGCACAUCCCCAUUAGUCUCUUAUAAGGAAGUCGCCCACCCUAGGUUAAUAAAGUUUGACCUGUAACAGAAACACUCAGAGGUUGUCUUUAAACACAGGUCUUAUUCGAAUUUUUUGUCAAUUUAGAUGAAGAGUGGUUAAUAUGAACUUGACAUAUGUAUUAAUGUUCUAAUAUAUAGUGUUUUAUCUUUUCAUUUUUAGGGAUCACACCGCAAAGAAAAAGAGGAAAUAGCUGAAAGUAAGUACUAACAUUUUGCUUCAUUUCAUUUCGGCCAUCAUUGGACUGUCUGCUGUCUGUCUGCACAUUCAGAGUUCCCAAAGUCUUUAACAGUCCUUUAAUUUCUCGCCCCAUGUAAGGGAAUCCGGAUUCCGGAAUCCAGGAAUUUUUUGCUCGUGGAAUCCGGAAUCCUGGGCUUUGGAAUCCGGAAUCCAGCACUAAGAAUCCGGAAUCCUACUAAAGAUUGGAAUCCGGAAUCCAACUUACUAAAGAUCCACUCCAGAUUAAAUUGAGCUACUUGCUCUUAAGAAAAACCAUCCGUGGGGUAGAAAUGAAUGCGUGACGAACGAGCCCCAAAGGACGUCCGCGGGGAGGCUAAUCUAUGGACAGGCUCCCUAGGGUAUAGACCUGAACGUGACGAUAUAAUAUCCGUAUAUCUGGUGUCAAAACAAUAGUCCACGAGCUCCAUAUGAAAGGUCGAGGUCACGGCCACAUGAUUUUAAAAAUUAUAUAAUAGCGAGGGAACCCUUGCUUAUGAGCGGCUGGGAGGAUCACAAAAUUGGGGGGUUUCAAGGGAACACAGCCCAGCCUUUUUAGGGUUUAAAUUGAAUUGUUAUGAAUAACUUCAACCUCUAGCUAUGUUUGAUUCACUGUUGUUCACUCGCUUCGCUGAACUUUAAAAAAUCAAAAGCGAUUUUAUGCGAGCUUUUUGACCUGGUAUAGGACAGGAAAGGUGCACCUGGGGUGAACCUUUUCUUGAACCUUCCCGGUCCUCCUGGUUCACAAAUGAAAAUAAACGUCUACGUUCAACAGUUUACCUAAAAAGAAAAAAAAGAAAUUCACAGUCUCCUAGUGCCUAAUUUGGUCCUCGUAGUUUCGCUGAGAACAGUUUAAUGGUUUCGAUAAUCUUUAUUUGAGAAAUAAGCCAGGAACUGUCAGAACCGUACCAAUCAGCUGUCACUAAAGUAAUCACGUGCAAGUACGCAGUGGGUGCCUUUUUCAUUCAUCCCCCGGCAUUCGAGUGAAAUCUCACCACCUCUUCGAUCAGACCAGUUUGAAGUUUGCUGUUUGUUGGAUUUUUCUUUUCUACUGUUAUUGGAAAGCACAAGCAAAAACAAAAGGCUGAGAGAGAAAGGUACUUGUAAUACUGUGUUGUGAAAUUUUAUACCUAUUUUUAGCUGACUGCGAUAGAUCUAAACGUGCCAAAGGCAAAGCUGCAUGAUUUUCGUUUGUGUCGAUCUGUGGACUGUACUGAACGUAGCCUGCUUGGCAGGCGUUUGAAAGGGAAAAUGCCUGCCACGCAGGCUAUACUGAACGUGGCGGCAAGCAAGUCACAAUCAUGAACAAAUUAAAGAAACGUUAAGUUUAUAGUUUUAAGCCCGCUGAUUGAUUUUUUUCGCAAUCAUACGUGUAACAAAGGAUCACAAGUUCUUCAAGUGAAUACCUUUGCGCGAAUCGAGUCUGCCUGCACGUUUAAGGUGAUUCCCUGGUUUUGCACUGCGCAUCUCUUGCUGCGCAUAACAAGAUGGCCGCCGUAAAAAAGAGCAUGUGAAGUAACAUUAUUAAAAUGACGUUGACUGAAGAGAAACGCUAUUGGGAUUUUUGCUUGCGGUUGUUUCUUGCCGAGGUGAGACUCAAUGUGUUGGGAAUGUGCAUAACGUAGGCAGUACGCGUGUGGCUGAGUUCCGGAGAACCACGAUAGUGGAUGUUUAACUUGUGCUUACUCACUUUGAUUUUUAUUUAAACGCUUUCUUUAUCACAUUGUAUCCUAAAUGUGAUAUCUUGAUGUAAAUGCUGUAAAAACAGAUUUUUUAAUACUUUCUUCCCCCUUUCACAUACAUUCUAUUUUGAAACUCGCCCCAGUCCUCUCUCAAAACUCGGAGAAAAUGCAUUUGGUGCGCACUUUCUGCAGCUGUACCGCAAAAACGAGUACGGUGACCCCCAUUUUUUAUUUCAUGAUUUUAAUAAGGACAGUUCUUCCUUUCGAUGAGAAAAAAAUUGGCACAAAUCUAUGUUCAGUUUUUUGGCAAUUUUACUAAAUUGUACGGAUUGAGCUUUCACGGGUCGAGUAGCGCGUGUCCAAUUCAAUUCUACUUUGGAGCGUAAAAUAAAAACCGGAACAUUAAGAGGUAUUUUUCUGGUAUUUAAGUGGAUAAACAAUACAAUAAAGUCAAAUUCUGUGCGAUACCACAUGCAUCAUCGAAAAAAUCUCUCGUUUUUGUCUAGUUUUGGGCUGCGCGCGGUUUUUGACAAAGGGUCCAAAAUAGCCGUAUUUCUCAGCAUUGUGACGUCAAAACGAGCACGGUGACCCCCACUUUUUAUUACUUUUUUAUCAUCUUCUUGACUUGUUACAUCAGUGUACCAAGUUUCACCUACAAUCUAUGUUAGGUUCUCUUACUAGGGAAUCACCUUAAGGAUGGUUUGAGUUUUCUUAUAAAGAGCAUCUCCUUAAUUAGGCAAUCAAAUUUGUUAGAACCUUUAGUGAGCACGUGAAAUUGUUCUAAAAGAAAAGGUGGUACGUCCGAGUUAUGUUCGCUAAAAUAAUGUUUGCAAAUUGACGACGAUUUCUGUUUGUGUCCAUCAACGCGUUCGUGGAGGUGGCCGCGAGUGUAACCAACAUAUCCUGCAUCGCACAGGUUAUAUUGAAAUUGAUAAACUAAACAUUGUUGGUUAACAAUGGCUGGCUUGACUUCUCGAAAUUUAAGGUCUUCGUUGAGUUUUCUGCUGAUGAACACGGGCUGAAUAGUGGUCUUGAUUUUUACGCUGAGGUCUGUGAGACGUUUUUUCACUAUAUUAGCAGAGACCUGAUCUUUAAAUGGUAUGAGAACUCGGAUGGGGGCUGGGGUCGUGUCGGUUGAUGGAAUUUACUGCUGGUCUGCUACCUUGGAAUCUACGAAUUGUUUGACAGCCAGAUCGAAUAGGUGCCUCGGGUACUUAAGCUUUAAGAAUACAGUCUCAAGCCGAUCGCAUUAAAUUUUACGUCGUCCUUGGGGAAAAUAUCGUAUGCAUUGCUAAACGCUUAAAACGAGCCCACGUGUCAGAAACGCGCAGGUCUCUCUCGAUCUCUCAGUCAUCUCAGACUCGAUCGAGGAUCAGACGGACUUCUCAUUUUUUCUGGUUCUAUAGUUGUGAUUAGGCCUCGUUCACAUUGAGGUCGCUUUUGGAAAUUAGACCGAUCUGAGAUCGGUUUAGCCCGUAUUUUUUUUCUUUGAAAUGGAUCCUAGAGCCAACUAGAACGCGCUAAUAUGAAGUAAAACUCGCGGGGGAUUUCAUAAUCUCACACCCAGAUCUCUUACUUAUUAAUGAAGCCUAAGGCGAGAUCUGGUCAAAUCCGAUUUUGUACCCGUGUUUGUCUGUCACGAAUGUGAAAGGCCAUGAAAGAGCGUAUACUUGAAAUUAAUCCUCAAUUUUUGACGUGUUAAACAACGAAUUUGAUAGAGCCGUGAAGUUUUUUCUAUCAAAACGUGGUUAUGCGCACAUCCUAAGUAUGAACCAACUAAUUUUUGUGUUCUUUCUUAUCUUUUUAACAUCAAAUUCAACGCGACAACUGGGGCCAGAUCUCGCCUUUGUCUUCGUCAACAAGAGAUCUGGGUACGAGAUUAGGGAUUUCCUUGACCUCUAGGGCGAGGGGGGAGGGGGUGGUUUGCUCUCGCAUGCUGUUCAGCAAGGAUGCUUGCGUAGCGUAAGUCAAUAACGAACAAACAAGUUCAGCUCUACAGUUUUGACUAAACGCGGGCAAAUCAGGCUAUCUUUGACUACGUUUUGAGCCGUUAUGUCCAUUAAGCCACUUUUUGAAUUCGAUUUAAAUGGUUCAGCAACAACUAUUUUAACUGAUAGUUUUGGGCUUGCAGACUGUCAAGAGUUAAUGACUUUUUAUCUUUAUUUUGACCAGUCAAAAACUUCAAGACGUGACAGCGUAAAAAAUGUAUUUAGUGGAUCAACGUGGUCCGGCCACUGCCCGAAAUUUAUUUUGAGCUAUGUUAUCAUUCUUAGACAAUUAUGUGACACAGUCAACUUUAGUCACUUUAGGGCCGCGCUGACCGGGACACCACUUUUGUCAGCUUGAAGUUCAAUUUAAUCUUCUGUAGUACUCUUUUUGAUUGUCAACCUUUUACUGAGUAUAUAUGCUUAUCCCGUCCUAGGAGAAGUGUAUUUUUUUGUAUUUGGCUAAAAUUCGUGUCUUGCGAGGCAUAUGAGAAAGUGUGAAAGCAAUUCAGUUAAGAAGUGAUAUCUAAUGCGCUUGUUCUACAGCUUACUGUGUCUCUAUAAAUGAAAGUUUACAAAAGAGCAGUAACCGAAUUUAGUUUUUUGCGCUAUAACAAUGAUUCCAAUAAAAAAGUAGAAAAAGAACUGUUUUAAUGUUCCAAAGGAAUUUGCAAACAUGAUUGAAUGAUUCGACGUAGCCUCUUCCAGGCGUUCCGACAGGACAAUGAAAACUACGAAUGUAACGACAUAUAAACAAACUGAACCUUCUGUUAUAUUAUUGGUAGAUAGCAAAAGACUUGAUUAACCUUCGCUGGUUUAUGAUAUGGCAUAGAUAGGAAAAAUUGAUUUGGAGUUACACACGAACUUUGUUAGGCCGUUUUCUUGCAAAUUGCAGCUCGAUUUUCCCUGGCAAUGACUGUACCUUUUCCCAAUCCUUUAUUAUGUAGCAAUCAAAUGAAUAAACGUGAAUAUUUAGGAAUGAUUUGCAAGAGUUCUUUUGUUUCUGCUAAUUAAGCAUUUUUCUAUCUGCAUAGCUGAAAAUAGAGUUCGCAAAAAAAGAGUAAGUGAAAAAUAGAGUCUUGAGGUCAGUCUCACUCUCUACUAAUCACUAAACCAGCUCCGAGAUCCGAGAUCCCUAAACAUAUGGAGAUUUGGACUAGAUCAAUCGAAGGACAAAAUUUAAAAUUGCGAUGUCGGCGUUUCGCCACGUUUUUUUGCGGUGACGCAAUGUUUGUUAUUUUUUUCCGUGGUGUUGCGGUGUGGACAGUCCCCCAAUGUCCCCCUCAUUAUUAUACCUUAAACCGUUACGGAACAGUAAUACAUUUCUUCACGUAAUUUAUAAAUCGAAAAAGAAAACAAACUUGUUAUGAAUUCUAAACAACGUCUUUCAAUAUAGCAAGAUUCGAACACGAAAACGAAAUGCGAAUAAAAGCAUUAAAACAGAAAAAAAAUUGGAAUCCAGCCCUUUUUGGAAUCCGGAAUCCACUGAGCUGAAAUCCGGAAUCCAGUACUCGGAAUCCGGAAUCCACAGGGUGGAAUCCAGAAUCCAGGACUGUCAUGGAUUCCCUUACAUGGGGCGAAAUUUCAGAGGAAGUCCAUAAAUUAUCCUUGAAUUCAGUAAAUCAUGGAAAACUCCUGAAUAUCUUCAAGAGUCCUUGAAGAGUCCUCAAAUUUUCCUCGAAUUUAGAUGCGUAGAAAUGAAGUUGAGGUGUCGUGAUAGCCCAAAUUUGGGUAUAAUUAUUUUUCUAAAUUAUGUGAACCAUGUGCAUAUCCAUGUGGAUGUCACAUGAAUUUUUGGUGCUCAUAGCUGUUACAUUUUGUGGCGUUGUUUUUGAUGUUGCUGGAAACCCUUUUUCCUAUUAAUUAUGCCUGAAAAUGUUUGGCCUCUAAUUAAUAUAGCUAAUUAUAUUUUUUUCAAGAAGAGACCAUGAAAAACAUGCUUGGUCCUUUUAAAAGACUUAAAAAAUGUUAUUUUUUGGGCCGAACCUUAUAUUUAACCCUUCUACUCCUAGACCUCAUGACGACAACCCCCGAUAAGUGAAUAUGACUAACAAUAAACAACUGUUUAACAGUGACAAUACACGGAUCAAAACGUACCAAUGACAUUUCAGGACUUUAUAGCCAAUAACAUCACGGCUAAAUUGUCACUGUCUUUUAAAUCUGUGGAUGGAAUCCCAUGGCGUUAUAAAAAAUAUGGAACCUCUGUGGCAUUUUGUAAGGACUCUGUCCUCAUGCGUUUCCUUGAUUUCCUCUCUCGCUUGACAAUGUUGCACGUAUCUCAUGCCCCAUUUUCCUUAUGCGUCUGCCACGUAGGCUAAACAAUAAUUUGCAUUGAAAUGAUGCCGUUUUUAUCUAGUUACUUCACUGCCCAUAAUAAGAAACUUUUGUUCAAUCGAAUUGACCACUCCAGAAAUACUAUAACAUACCAUAAUGUUCUUUGUUUGUCACCCCAAAAUUUGCAUAAGCAUUGUUUUCAGUUUCCCUGGGGCCAUUUUAACUCCCAAGAGAAACUGAAGACAAUGCUUAUGCAAAAUUUUUGGGUUACAAACAAAGAGUAUUAUGGUAUUUUAUGGUAUUUUCUGGAGUGGUCAAUACCCUAUCGCCUCUUUCCCUAUAAGCCUCGUCCUAGGCUUAUGCCUCAUUAUUUUACGAAAAUUCUCGAAUAUGGUAACGCUAUUCUGGAACAAGAGUUCUAAGAUCACAAUUACAAUAGUCAUUAGCCCAGGGGUGCUAUUUUUUGGGGAGUACCUUCUUUCGAUUGGUAUAUGCAGUUGUGUAACAGUACAACAUUUUAUGCAAUUCCUAAAGAAGCUACAUUUUUGUAACAGAUGAAGAGGGUAAUACACAAAAAGAACAGCUUUCCAAGAACUUUGAGUUAGAAAGAUCGAGUACCCGUACAUCGUCUGAAUCCACGAAGAUCUACAGAGAUUUUGAUGGAACCACGUCUGCAAAAAUGUCGCAGACUUCAAGAGCUCGGCAUCAGGGAAUACUUGUGACACCUCGGGUAAGUUUAUUAAAUUAAAUAGGUUACUUCACCACAAAGAGAAUUUCGGCACGUUAGCGUGAAUUUUUGAUUGUUGCCUACUUGAGGUAUAGAGUACUAAAGCUCGGAAGUGAUGAUGAUGAUGAUGGUAAAACCGAGGCUGAUAAAGAUGAUGAUUAUGAAAAUAAUGAUAACAAUAGUAGUAAGUGCUGAUGGAGUCGGCCUGUGAUGCGCGAGGACUCGAGUUCGAUUCCCGGUGAUGUUAGAUCCUUGUUUCAUCUUCUCUCCUUUCUGUGUAGCUUUAACUAGCUUUGAAUACCAUUGAAAGGGAGCUUUGAUGGAGAAAGGGGCGGGGGGGGGUAAAAUGAGCGCACAGUCGACCUAAAGUUUAUCAGUUAUUACUGUCACGAGUUAUCGACGUAAAAUAUGGUUGCUUUACCUUUACCUUUUGCCUUUAUGGAGUCAAGCAAAGUGUACGUAAGAAAGUUAUCGUAAUGAUGGUGAUGAUUGUGGUGGUGGUGGUUGUGGUGGAAGUGGUGAUGGAAAUCAUGGUUCGUACAAUCUUGAAAAGGUGUUAAAUUUUAGUAAUCUUAUCGUCUUGAAAAGUCCUUGAAUUCGGUUAAGGUCCUUGAAAAGUGUACUUGAUUUUAAUAACAGGCCUUGAAAAGUCAUUGAAAUUCACUACCUUGUCUACGCCAGACACCCAUUUUCUGUAAAAUUAGAUUAUUUCGCGGAAGAAAAUCUGGCUCAUCUUCGUUGUAAGAAACUAAAAACUCACGGCUAACGUAAAAACAUUUUUUGUGUUUGAACAAUCUUUUAUUUCUGUUUCUUUAUUUCAAAUGCUAUUUCUGUACCUCAGAUGCAAUUGCAAGUCAUACCCAGUCAUUUUGCUUGCAAAGUGUUGUUGCGGAAGGUACUAUAAAAUAAUGUAAUCAACCAUGGCUACGAACUCAUAAAAUGCGUAAAAGACUACAUGACGUGUUUUAGCCAAGUGUGCAAGAGAGGGUUAAAGAAUGUCGAUUUAUUGAAUAAAUCUUGGUCCUAGAAAACUGUAAUUCGUCCUUGAAAAGUCCUUGGAAUUUGUUUGUUUAAAGUUGUAUGAACCAUGUCUAUGGACCGAUGAAAUAUGUAGAUCGAUGGUUCGCUGUUCAUCCAUGGAUAGCCUGCGUAGCUGGCGGGAUUAGCCGAGGAGUGCUUUGUUGGCGGCGGAGUCGCGAGAAGAGUGCCUACAAGAGUCCCUCGCGGCAAAGUCGCGAGGGACUCUUGUACGCACACUAGAAAUAGACACACACUAGAAAUAAUGUUUAAUGAUGUUCUAGAUAGAAAAGAAACCUUUUUUCGCCAUAAAAAAUUCAAUCUUUUAAAGUCCCAAAUCUUGUCUUGCUUUACAAGAGUCCCUGCGCACAAGAAUCCCACAAGCUACCCAGGCAGAUUCAGCGAUCCUGCGAUCUACCAAUCCAGCGAUGUACAGAUCAAUAAAUAGGGCUCGACAUUAACGGCUGACCGCUUGCCCGGAGAAACUAAAAAUUUCAUCUGGGCAACUAAGUUUAGGAUCCUAGUUUCCCGAUCGGGCAACUGCAACUUCUGUGAAAGUUGUAGGCUAACGUGACUCAGUAUUUUUGUAUCAAGUCUAUCUUUUGAACUAUCAAAGCUGUGAAGGUUUGUAUUUACGUGCGUCGUGCCUAACCGGCGUGAAUUGAAAAGAGAUGGAAAUGUGAUCGUGAUUAGCUGCCGCAAAUCAUUUUCAAAAACUGGAAUGUUUUUGCGAGACUUUAAAAAGUUACCACAAAACAUACAGCAAAAAAUAUGGAGGCGUACAUAACGCUGAAUUAAUAAUAGAAGAAACCUUCAAGUGUACCGUUAGUGUUCGUAGCAAGAUAGAAAACGCUAUAAACCUACAAAAGUAAUGUCACGCAUUAUUUGAAACCUCUUGCUUUAUCACGGAUCGCGACUGUUUAUCAGUUUUUCCCUCUUGCAAUGGCGAUCAACACGUUUCUGACGUUGGGGGAAAGUCAUGAUUUAAAUAUCGAAGAUUUUACGAAGACUAUUAAAUUUAUUUGACGCUAGAAACUUCAAUUGCGCUGCAGCGGAAGUCACAGAAGCGAAUUUCAAGUCAAGUUCUCCUUUUGUUCACCUUUUAACGGCGGAAAUAUUUUUUUGCCUACGGCCGACAACUAAACGUUUCCCGUUUUCGUUGUAAAAGUGCAGAAUGAGCAAGGAAUUUUGUUGUUUGUUCACCGGAAGUUAGCCUGAAAAUCACUCUAUUGCUAUUUUUAAACGGAUACCCAGCGGCGGCCUCUAAGCGUCCUUUCGGGCUCCCUGUUUGAAAUUUUGGUCGCCCAAAGGUAAAUCGUAGCCCGGAAUUCUGACAACCGGACCCCUGCUAGAUAGAUCGGUAGAUCGGUAGAUCGGUAGAUCGGUGGAUCUGUAGGUCGCUAGAUCGGUUAAUCUGUAGAUUAAUAGAUCGGCAUAUCUAUAGAUCGCUAGAUCCGUGGAGCUGUAGAUCUGUAGAUCGGAGGAUCGGAACAAUGCAAGAACGCUGGAUCUGUAGAUCGCUAGAUCGGUGGAUCUGUAAACUAGAUCGGUGGAUCGGAAGAAUGCAAGAACGCUGGAUCUGUAGAUUCCUAGAUCGGUAUAUCUGUAGAUUACUAGAUCGGUGGGUCUCUAGUUUGCGAGACCGCUAGAUCUGUAGAUCGCUAGAUUGGUGGAUCAGUAGAUCGAUUGAUCGGUACGUCGCUAGAUCGGUGGAUCGGUAGAUCGCUAAAUCGGGGAUCUAUAGAUCGCUAGAUCGGUUGAUCUGUAUAUCUAUGGAUCGCUAGAUCGUUGCAUCUGUAGAUGGAUGGAUCGGUAGAUCGGUAGAACUAUGGAACUGUAGAUCUGUGGAUCGGUGGAUCUGUAGAUCUGUAAAUCAAUGCAUCGAUAAAUCGUUAGAUUUAUACGUCUCUAAAUCUGUGGAUCGGUGGAUCGCUAGAUCGAGUUAGAUCAAUAGAUCGGUGGAUCUAUAGAUCGCUAGAUCGGUGGAUCGGAAGAAUGCAAGAACGGUGGAUCUGUAGAUCGCUAGAUCGGUUGAUCUGUGGAUCUAUGGAUCGCUAGAUCGUUGGAUCUGUGAAUGGAUGGAUCGGUAGGUCGGUAGAACUGUGGAUCGGUAGAUCUGUGGAUCUGUAGAUCUGUAGAUCAAUGCAUCGGUAAAUCGUUAGAUUUAUACGUCUCUAAAUCUGUGAAUCGCUAGAUCGGUGGAUCAGUAGAUCGAUCGAUCGGAAGAUCGAUGGAUCGCUACAUCGAGUGAUCUGUAGAUCAAUAGAUCGGUGGAUCUAUAGAUCGCUAGAUCGGUGGAUCGGGAGAAUGCAAGAACGGUGGAUCUGUAGAUCGCCAGAUCGGUUGAUCUGUAGAUCGAUGGAUCGCUAGAACGGUGGAUCUGUAGAUCGCUAGAUCGGUGGAUCCGUGGAUCGCCAGAUCGGUGGAUCGGUAGAUAGGUGGAUCUAUAGAUCGGUAGAUCGGUGGAUCUGUAGAUCGCUAGAUCGGUUGAUUAUUAGAUGGCUGGAUCGGUAGAUCUGUAGAUCGCUAGAUUGGUGGAUCGGUAGAUCGCUAGAUCGGUGGAUCUGUAGAUCUUUGGAUCACUAGAUCGGUUGAUCUGUAGAUCUAUGGAUCCCUAGAUCGUUGGAUCUGUAGAUGGAUGGAUCGGUACAUCGCUAGAUCUAUGGAACAGUAAAUCUGUGAAUCGGUAGAUCGCGGGAUCGGUGGAUCUGUAAAUCGAAGGAUAAGCAGAUUGCUGGAUCGGUGGAUGUGUAGAUCGCAAGAUUUUUGGAUCUGUAGAUCGAUGGAUCACUAGAUCAAAGGAUCGUUGGAUCGGUAGAUCGAUGGAUCUGUAGAUCGCUAGAUCGGUGGAUCUGUAGAUCGUUGGAUCUUUAGACCGAUGAGUCGGUAGAUGGCUACAUCGGUUGAUCUGUAAAUCAAAUAGAUGGGUGGCUCUGUUGAUCAGUCAAUCGGUAAAUCGCUAGAUUUAUGGAUCUGUGGAUCGGUGGAUCGUUGAAUCAGUAGAUCAAUGGAUCGCUAAAUCGUUGGAUCUUUAAAUCGAUGGAUUGGUAGAUCGCUACAUCGGUUGAUCUGUAGAUCUGUGGAUCGGUGGAUGGCUAAAUCGUUGGAUCAGUAGAUGGAUGUAUAGAUAGAUCAUUGGAUCUUUAGAUCGAUGUAUCGGUGGAUCGCUACAUCGGUUGAUCUGUAGGUCAAUAGAUCGGUGGAUCUAUAGAUCGCUUGAUCGGUAGAUCUAUAGAUCGGUAGAUCGGUGGAUCUGUAGAUCGAUAGAUCGCUAGAGCAGUGGAUCUGUAGAUCGCUAGUUCGGUGGAACUGUAGAUCGCCAGAUCGGUAGAUCGAUGGAUCGCUGGAUCGGUGGAUCUGUAGAUCUCUAGAUCGGUGGAUCGGAAGAAUGCAAGAACGCUGGAUCUGUAGAUCGCUAGAUCGGUGGAUCUGUAGAUUGCUAGAUCGGUGGAUCUCUAGUUUGCGAGACCGCUAGCUCUGUAGAUCGCUAGAUGGGUGGAUCAGUAGAUCAAUUGAUCGGUGAAUCGCUAGAUCGGUGGAUCGGUAGAUCGCUAAAUCGGGGGAUCUAUAGAUCGCUAGAUCGGUUGAUCUGUAUAUCUAUGGAUCGCUAGAUCGUUGACUCUGUAGAUGGAUGGAUCGGUAGAUCGGUAGAACUAUGGAACUGUAGAUCUGUGGAUCGGUAGAUCGGUGGAUGUGUAGAUCAAUGCAUCGGUAAAUCGUUAGAUUGGUACGUCUCUAAAUCUGUGGAUCGGUGGAUCGCUAGAUCGGUCGAUCAGUAGAUCGAUGGAUCAGUAGAUCGAUGGAUCGCUACAUUGAGUAAUCUGUAGAUCAAUAGAUCGGUGGAUCCAUAGGUCGCUAGAUCGGUGGAUCGGAAGGAUGCAAAAACGGUGGAUCUGUAGAUCGCUAGAUCGGUUGAUCUGUGGAUCUAUGGAUCGCUAGAUCGUUGGAUCUGUAGAUGGAUGGAUCGGUAGAUCGGUAGAUCAAUGCAUCGGUAAAUCGUUAGAUUUAUACGUCUCUAAAUUUGUGGAUCGCUAGAUCGGUGGAUCAGUAGAUCGAUGGAUCGGAAGAUCGAUGGAUCGCUACAUCAAGUGAUCUGUAGAUCAAUGGAUCGGUGGAUCUAUAGAUCGCCAGAUCGGUGGAUCGGAAGAAUGCAAGAACGGUGGAUCUGUAGAUCGCUAGAUCGGUUGAUCUGUAGAUCGAUGUAUCGCUAGAACGGUGGAUCUGUAGAUCGCUAGAUCGGUUGAUCUGUAGAUCGAUGGAUCGCUAGAUCGGUGGAUCGGUAGAUCGCUAAAUCGGUGGAUCUGUAGAUCCCUAGAUUGGUUGUUCUGUAUAUCUGUGGAUCGCUAAAUCGUUGGAUCUGUAGAUGGAUGGAUCGGUCUGUGGAUCGGUGGAUCUGUAGAUCUGUAUGGAGAUCGUUAGAUAGAUCGGUGUGAAUCGGAUGGAUGGAUCGGUAGAUCGGUGGAUCGGAUCGGUGGAUCAAGAACGGUUGAUCUGUAGGCUAGAUCGGUUGAUCUGUGAUCUAUGGAUGGAUCGUCGAUGGAUCAUCAAAGGAUCUGUGGAUCAAGGAUCGUUGGAUCUAGAUCGGGAUCGGAUGGUUCUGUAGAUCGAUCGCUAGAUGGUGGAUCGGAUGAGAUCUCUGUAGAGGGAUGGAUCGAUAGAUCUGUAGAACUGUGGAACUGUCUGGGUAGAUCGAUGGAUCGUCUCUCUGUUAAAUCGAAGGAUCGGUGGAUCUGUAGAUCGAUGGAUCGGUCAAGCGUUAGAUUUAUACGUCUUUAAAUCUGUGGAUCGCAAGAUCUUUGGAUCAGUAGAUCGAUGGAUUGGUAGAUCGGUGGAUCGCUACAUCGAGUGAUCUGUAGAUCAAUAGGUCGGUGGAUCCAUAGAUCGCUAGAUCGGUGGAUCGGAAGGGUGCAAAAACGGUGGAUUUGUAGAUUGCUAGAUCGGUGGAUCUGUAGAUCGAAGGAUAAGCAGAUUGCUGUAUCGGUGGAUCUGUAGAUCGCAAGAUCUUUGGAUCACUAGAUCAAAGGAUCGUUGGAUCGGUAGAUCGAUGGAUCUGGAGAUCGCUAGAUCGGUGGAUCUGUAGAUCGAUAGAUCGCUAAAUCGAGGGAUCGUUGGAUCUGUAGAUGGAUGGAUCGUUAAAUUGCUAGAUUUAUGGAUCUCUAGAUCUGUGGAUGGGUGGAUGGCUAGAUCGGUGGAUCAGUAGAUCGAUGGAUCCCUAGAUCAGUGGAUCGGUAGAUCGAUGGAUCUCUAGAUCGUUGGAUCUGUAGAUGGAUGAAUCGGUAGAUGGCUACAUCGGUUGGUCUGUAAACCAAAUAGAUCGAUGGAUCUGUAGAUCGCUCAAUCGGUAAAUCGCUAGAUUUAUGGAUCUCUAGAUCUGUGGAUCGGUGGAUCGCUAGAUCGUUGGAUCAGUAGAUCGAUGGAUCGCUAAAUCGUUGGAUCUUUAGAUCGAUGGAUUGGUAGAUCGCUACAUCGGUUGGUCUGUAGAUCUGUGGAUCGGUGGAUCGCUAAAUCGUUGGAUCAGUAGAUCGAUGGAUAGCUAGAUCAUUGGAUCUUUAGAUUGAUGUAUCGGUAGAUCGCUACAUCGGUUGAUCUGUAGAUCAAUAGAUCGGUGGAUCUACAGAUCGCUCGAUCGGUGGAUCUAUAGAUCGCUAGAUCGGUGGAUCUGCAGAUCGAUAGAUCGGUAGAUCGAUAGAUCGGUAGAGCAGUGGAUCUGUAGAUUGUUAGAUCGGUGGAACUGUAGAUCGCCAGAUCGGUAGAUCGAUGGAUCGCUAGAUCGGUGAACGGUAGAUGGCUAGACUGGUAGAUCUGUAAAUCGCUAGAACGGUGGAUCGCUACAUCGGUUGAUCAGUAGAUCAAUAGAUCGGUGGAUCGGAAGAAUCAAGGAACGGUGGAUCUGUAGAUCGCUAGAUCGGUUAAUCUGUAGAUCGAUGGAUCGCUAGAACGGUGGAUCUGUAGAUCAAAGGAUCGUUGGAUCUGUAGAUAUGAUGGAUCGGUAGAUCGCUAAAUUUAUGGAUCUGUAGAUCUGUGGAUCGGGAGAUCGAAAGAUCUGUAGAUCGCUAGAUCGGUGGAUCUGUAGAUCUGUAGAUCUAUGGAUCGUUAGAUCAUUGGAUCUGUAGAUGGAUGGAUCGGUAGAUCGCUAGAUCUAUGGAACUCUUAAUCUGUAGAUCGCAAGAUCUUUGGAUCUGUAGAUCGAUGGAUCGCUAAAUCGAAGGAUCGUUGGCAACGGCGAUCGUUGGAUCUGUAGAUCGAUGGAUCGGUAAAUCGCUAGAUUUAUGGAUCUCUAGAUCUGUGGAUCGCCAGAUCGGUGGAUCAGUAUAUCGAUGGAUCGGUAGAUCGUUGGAUCUUUAGAUCGAUGGAUCGGGAGAUCGCUACAUCGGUUGAUCUGUAGAUCAAUAGAUCGGUGGAUCUAUGGAUCGUUAAAUCGGUGGAUCUGUAGGUCGCUAGAUUGGUGGAUCGCUAGAUCGGUAGAUCGCUGGAUCAGUGGAUCUGUAGAUCGCUAGAUCGGUUGAUCUAUAGAUCGCUAAAUCGGUGGAUCUAUAGAUAGCUAGAUCGGUGGAUCUGUAGAUCGGCAGAUCGGUAGAUCAAUGGAUCGCUAGAUCCCUAGAUCGUUGAAGGGUAGAUGGCUCGAUCGGUAGAUCUGUAGAUCGCUAGAACGGUGGAUGUGAAGAUGGCUAGAUCGCUGGAUCUGUAGAUUCCUACAUCGGUGAUCUGUAGAUUACUAGAUCGGUGGAUCUCUAGAUUGCUAGACCGCUAGAUCUGUAGAUCGCUAGAUUGGUGGAUCGGUAGAUCGAUUGAUUGCUAGAUUGCUUGAUCGUUGGAUCAGUAGAUCGAUGGAUCGGUAGAUCGCUAGAUCGGAGGGUCUGUAGGUCGCUAGAUCGUUGGAUCUGUAGAUCGCGGUGGAUCUGUAGAUCGAUCGAUCGCUGGAUCGUUGGAUCUGUAGAUCGAUAGAUUGGUAUAACGGUUGAUCUGUAGAUCAAUAGAUCAGUGGAUCUGUAGACCGCUAGAUUGGUGGAUUUGUAGAUGGCUAGAUCAGUGUAUCGGUAGAAUGCUACAACGGUGGAUCCGUAGAUCGGUGGAUUGGUAGAUGUCUCGGUCGGUAGGUCAGUAGAUCGCUAGAUCGGUGGUUCGGUAGAAUGCUAGAACGGUGGGUGUGUAGAUCAGUGGAUCUGUAGAUCGUAGGUCGGUUGAUCUGUAGAUCGCUACAUCGGUGGAUCGGUAGAUCGGUAGAUCUGAAGAUCGAUGGAUUCGUGGAUCUGUAGAUCACUAGAUGGGUGGAUCUGUAGAUCGGUAGACUAGCAUAGUGGACCUUAUUUGAUUUCAGCCAGUUUUGAGGGUAAGCGAUGUGUUAUCAGCAUACAUAAGUGCAGAUGAUGACAGCUCGCAUUCUUGUAGCUCAUUUAUAUAAAUAAGAAACAACAAGGAUCCGUCUAUUUACAGAUCCAGUGAUCUACGGAUCCAUCGAUCUAACGAUCCAUCGAUCUACAGAUCCAUUGAUCUAGCGAUCCAUCUAUCUAGCGAUCCAUCGAUCUACAGUCAUAGCCAGUGACUGUUGUCUUUUUGCAAAGUAGUGUUGUUACGGAAAGUAGUACAACAUAAUGUGAGAGAUGAUCAACCAUGGCUGAAGAUGUAAUAAUCGUAAAUAACUCCAUUGAGUGUUUUAGCCAGGAGGGAGUUCGAAAGUGGGUCAAAGAAUGCCAAUUUAUUGUAUAAAUCUUAGGCCUUAAAAAGUGUAAUUUGUCGUCGAAAAGUCCUUGAAUUGUGUUUCUCUGAAGUUGUACGAACCAUGAUGGUAGUGGUGGGGGUCAUGAUGAUGUUGAUUAUAUUAUUAAGUAAUGGUCCAGAUAAGAAGGAAAGGACCAAAACGCAGUGAACACGUCGGAAUGCAAAAAGGUGCUAACUUUACUAUUGUCUCUACUAAGGUUCUGAUUGGUUUAAACAUCAAAUUUUACGAAAUCUUCGCAAAGCAGCAUGUACAUCAAUCCUUUUUUUUCUAUCCAACUUCCUUAUAACAAAAUCUCGUCUGAGUCUAAGUAACACAGAAAUCGUAUGUGCGGAUCAUGUAAAAUUGUGAACAUUUCUUGGCCAUUGUUUGCAACUCUUGUGAUUGGUCGAAAUGUUUUAACACAAAAAUACACCCUUUAAUAAAAGUGGAGUUUAAAUACAUUUUCUUUCGUAAACAGCCUUUUUGUAGAUUUAUGCACUCUCUGCGUAAAAAUGAAAACAUUUCUAUGUGAGGAAAGCGUAUUGCGCCACAACAAUAGAAAUUGCUUUCCUUCUUACCUGGAUCAUUACUUAAAGUUUGUGAUGAUUACGAAACCUUAAUGUACAAUAUUUAAACAUUAAUUUUACUUAGGACUUGCAUAAUUCACAUGUGAUAUCACAGAACUUGCAGUGGGAUAUUGAGACACAGGUCAGUACAGAGAUUCCCUGUGUUAAUUUUGAUUUCUUUCGUUGAACUCUACUGAAGUUGACUUUCUCAUGGUUAUUUUUAAUAAUUCUUGCAGUCUCAGAGAUUGAAACAAAGAACAGAUAAACAAAUGAAGGAGAAGUAUGCCUUUUAUUACAAAAGGCUAAGGCGUUAUCAAGAUUCUGAUGAAAAUACUGAAAAAGAACCCUCGAGCAACUCCAAAGUAAAGGUAGGCUUGUUACCCUUAAACCCCUUAAAGUGGGGAAAAAGGGCGACAAAAACUUGCAACUCGUUUGGCGACAUUGCUGCGAAACGAGUUGUGCAGCGAUGAUGCGCAUGUUUCCACCCACGAAUCAAACCUAUUUGCAACAAAUCAGGGUGCUGUCAGGGGCGGAUCUAGGGGUGCUAACCCCCACCCCCCCCACUGAGAUGACCUGCGGUUUUCUAAUACAACUGGUAUUCUGCAAAAAAAAAACCAUGUGGUUUAUUGGUGUUGAAGUAGAGCAAGAGACGAGUGCACCCCCUCCUUAAAAGAAUCCUGGAUCCGCCCCUGGCUGUCCGUUUUACCGUAGCUUUAGAGUGACGGAAUGUUAAGCCUGGUUCUCAUAUGUUGCCGAGCUACCUGCGAUAUACCUGCCGGUAUUGCCUGCGAUACCAUUCCGAUAUGAGAACAGAAGUAGCCGGCAACAGAGGCCAUGUCAGUCUUAAGCACUGGCAUCCCUGCGAAGUUGACUCGAGUUCGACUUCGCAUGCAGGUCGGCGGUAAAGACCUUCGAGGUUUCUUGUUGCCGGCGGUGUUAUGUCCUCAUUUGUCGGAGUAGUGUCGCAGGCAGUACCGGCGGCUACGUCGUAGGUUAUUCGGCGGCAUAUGAGAACCAGGCUUUACUCUCUUAAAAGUAACUAACUAUAAUAUGUUGCACUUGAAAAUAAGUAACUGUCGUUGUCCAAACAUCAUGAUUAAUCGCUUAUUUUCAUCCAAAUUGUUGGCUUGUUACUCAAAGUGAUGUCCUUGCCCUAGAACAAAUUAUAGUAAGAAUCUCAAACACCCCAUUAUCUACUCUUUGAUAUGCUUUGUUCUAAUACUGUCCACAAAGCUGGUGAUGGCCUCUGCCCCCAAUAUUUCAUGGAUCUCCUCCUCCAUGGGAAGUCAACAAAGACUUAACGCUCGAAAUGUCCACGGCAAGACGACGACGGCGGCGUCGCCAACGACGACGGCGACGGCGACGGCAACGAGAACGGCAAAAAACGACAGGGUUAGAUUGGCAAAACAACAACUCUACACAUGCAUCAUGUACAUUUCUUUGCCGUCGUUGGACGACUGCCACGUGAAACUGCCCGUUUUCACGUUUUGUGGAUGACGUGAACACAAGACAACGACUUUAUUUCUCUUUUCCUCAACUUCGAUACAGUCCUUUAGAAUUUAAUUCCAGAAAAAGUCGCCAACGAUUGACGAAUUUAACGAGAUGAAAUAAGCGCGACAAUGUUUGAAGUAGCGUAGAUUCAUUUUUUAAGUGACCUUUUCGUAGCCUUCGCCGUCGUUGUUGAUUAUUUCUGACAACCGAGGCUUUCGCUGUGUGUGCCCCGACGUUUUGGAAGACAUUUUCUUUCUGAAAUAUAUGAAAUUCCGUGAAACUGAAAACUUUUUCCAAGAGUCAUUCUGUAGGAUAUUAAUUUUGAUUAGUUUUAAUUUUUGUGAAGCGCCUCUUGCAACUAGUGGAUAUUUGCGCUGUAUAAAGGCACAGUGAUCAUCAUCAUCGUUAUCAUCAAGACGUGGUCAUACAUUACAAACAAAGAACUAAAAUCUACUGUUUAAUUUUUCUGAUUAAACAACUUCGCCGUAGUGUUAUGUGUAUAGAUUUAAAUUUAUCAACUGUUUGCAACGAAGCGCACGCUACUGUUAUAAAAGGGGGUAUUCGCGAGUAGUCGAGGGAGAGGUUGAGGGUACGGCCUCACGCAGUCGAGCGCUUUAAAAGGGGGCCUUCAGAGAUGUUCGGAGGAGGAUGGAAGGAUGCGUCUUCCUUUAGGCCGGUGUUCUGGAAGCGGGUCUUCACGGGUACUUAGGGAGGGGGUGGGGGUAUGGCGUCACGCAGUCGAGUGUUUUAAAAGGGGUUCUUCACAGAUGUGCGGGGGGAGGGUGGAUGGAUACAGCUUUCUUUAGGCCGGUGUUCUGGAAGCGGGUAUUCACUGGUACUAAGUGAGGGGGUGAGGGUAAGUCGAGUGUUUCAAAACGGGGUCUUCAUAGAUGUUUGGGGGAAGAGUGGAAAGAUACGGCUUCCUUUAGGCCGGUGUUCUGAAAGGAGGUAUUUACGGGUACUCGAGGGAGGGGGCGAGGGUACGGCCUCACGCAGGUUAGUUUUAAAAGUGGAUUUUGACCGGUUCCUUCCUUUUAAUAGGAGUUACAAGAAGCGAACACAUCGUUAAACAAAAGCAAAGAUUCUGUACCAGUAGAGUUAAUUGUUAGCCCGAGGAGACAAGUGCCAAAGAGAAACUCCAUUUACCAAUCACUAAUGGAAAGGCUACAUAAAACUGAUUCCUUACUGGACUUUGGUGAAGUGCGGAUACAGGAUUACAAUGUAUCAAUGCCACCCCGCUUAGUCAGUGACAGUCCUUUCUUAAGAAAGCAAAAACUCAGUUUACAGUUUGCAAAAAAGAGUUUGGAACAACACGACCGGAAAAGAGCUGUUCAGGUGCAAAAACUGGGAACCCUACACUCACCACAGACAUACCAACAUGAUGAGCAUGAUUUAGGCGAGACACACGUCGAUCAAGUUGAACAAUUACUAGGAAAACUUCAAGAAGCGAACUAUGUAGCAAGUGGACGAAAGGGCUUUGGCAAUCAAAAAGAAUUCGUGCUUGCUUAGCAAAAACUUAUCAGCAAAAUUGCUUCUUUUUCGUAUGCAGCGCUUUAUUAACUUUCGAACCCCUAAGAGUUACCAUCAUCAGAUUUCUCCCUCAAAUAACACUGCAUUUAUAGGAAAUGAUCACCAGUUACAAAUGGUAUUGAUUGCUAAACGAAUUCUCCUCAUCAGUGCUGUAGAAAAUGUAUGGAGAAUAUGCACAUUGAUAUUAGGGUGUUAAGGUUAAUGAUUUUGCCGUUACGGUAUAUAAAUUCAAUUUUGGAAGCAAGGAGCUACGUUACAAAAAAGAAGGACCAGAUUUUCGAAUAUUGAUAACCCGAAAUAUAUAUAUAUAUUCCCGACUAUAAAAUCAGCCUUGCUUCUUUCCGUAUGUGUAUAUAAGAUGCUUAUUUAACAAAUUUUUCCACGAGUCCGCAUUGGAUAUGAAAUGGUAGAUCGCCGACGAGGCGCAACGCACCUCGUUGGCUAUAACCAGCUCAUACCGAACAAGCGCGAGUGGAAUAAUUGUUUUAUUAAAAACGCCCACAAAAUAUCGAGAAUUCUUCCCGUCUUUAUUUGUAAAAACAACCGUUUUUCAGCUUGCUUUUAAUUUUGAGCAGACGUGUACAGCUACCAUAUUUGGAGAGCUUGGUAUAAUGGCUCGUAUACCGUGAUGGCUAAGCCAAUCAGAGCUCUAGGAUUGCAUUAUCCAAUGAUUCAGU